AUGAAUCUGGGUGAGGACAGAGAGGAGGGAGUCCCUCCCUCUAAAACCACUCUGUGUGGGGAACAUGACAGCCAGACCAAAGCUCAGAGAUCAGACUCUCCUGUGUCCAGCUGUGGGUCCUUCAACAGUGACUCGUCUAUGGGUGAACCUAUGAACUUCAAAGGUGGACACCCCUCCGAUCAAAAGAUCCAACAUGAGAGACUAGACCAUCCUGGACCUGAACCUGAACCCAGCUGUGUGUCCUUCAAGAGCGACCGUUCCAUGCACAGACCAAUUGACCUCAAAAAAGGACACCAGUCAAUCAGGAUCCAACAUGAGACACCAGACCAUCCUGGACCUGGACCUGAACCCAGCUGUGUGUCCCUCAAGAGCGACCGUUCCAUGCACAGACCAAUUGACUUCAAAGGAGGACACCAUUCUGCUGACAGAAGGAUCCAACAUGAGAGACCAGACUGUCCUGGACCUGGACCUGGACCCAGCUGUGUGUCCAUCAAGAGUGACUGGUCUAUGAAGAGACAAAUGCACUUAAAACGUGGACGUCGCUUUGCUGCCCACAGGACCUCGUUAGACAGCGGCCUCUGGAUUUACCGUGAUCAGGAUGGUGCAGUGUCGUAAGUAACAGAUUAACUCCUCUGAGCACCAACGUACAUACUACAUAGACUUUUAC